AUGUAACAUCAAGUCAAGGCAAACAGCGACAUUAUCACAAAAAAAUACGAGGAAAAGAAUAUCGUGUUUUUUUAUAUCGGUUCGGUUGGAGGUUAACAAAAUAUUAAAUUGUGAGUCGGAACCUGCUGGUCCCCAGGUCAACCUGAUGAGUAUGAGCCUGACUACAGAACCCCCUAAUGAUGUUCCCGCUGUUAAAGAAGAAAGCAAAAUGACCGCGGUCCCUGAAAAGAAGGACAAGAAGCCAGAGGAUGUGGCAGAGGAAGAGGAGGAGGAGGAAGAAUAUGUGGUGGAAAAGGUCCUGAAUCGGCGGGUGGUGAAAGGGAGAGUAGAUUAUCUUCUCAAGUGGAAAGGCUUCUCUGAGGAAGACAACACCUGGGAGCCAUCGGACAAUCUGGAUUGUCCAGAUUUGAUUGCAGAAUUCCUGCAGUCCCAGAAAACAGCACAGGACGUGAAGAGAAAGGCGGCCGGAGACGCAGAAGGAGACGACAGUAAGACGAAGAAGAAAAAAGACGAUACAGAGAAGCUAAGGGGCUUUGCUCGAGGGUUGGAUCCAGAGAGGAUUAUUGGUGCCACAGACUCCACAGGAGAACUCAUGUUCCUCAUGAAAUGGAAAAACUCAGAUGAAGCUGACCUGGUGCCGGCGAAGGAGGCCAACAUGAAGUGUCCGCAGGUGGUCAUCUCUUUCUAUGAGGAGAGACUUACAUGGCACUCGUAUCCCACCGAAGACGAGAAAAAAGAGGAGAAAAUCUAACACAGGGCCAGGGGUGAGGGGGAAAAAGAGAAAUUGUAGUUUUGAAUGUUAUUGUACUUUUGAGAAGGGAUUUGUGGGGGUUCAAAUGGAGGGGGGAGGGGGGCCAAAACAAGCAAGACUCCAUUGAAUGCGUCUUGAUGUAUCACUCAUUGGAUUCUACUUUUAUUCAGAUAUGAACGAUCUGUAAAUAUAAGCUUUAGGUUUGCUUGACAAAUCCAAAGUGAAAUGUAAAACGCAAUGUUAUUUUUCAGUAUUGGCAGAGAAUAUUCACUUUCGUUUUCUUGAAAAAAAAAAACCAUAGGGUCCAGUGCUCGGUCAUCUUGCUAUGCCAUUGUGUCAGUGAGGUGAUGUUUUGAUUUCAUUCGUGUGCCCUUUUAAAUAUUUUAACUUCAUUUUGAGUCAAUCCUGGCUGUUUUAUAAGGACUUGUUUGGUGUACGGUUACAAACUCUUUUCAGUGAUUCAUUUGUAAUCUUUAAAGUGUUUAUCAUGUUAAGUCUUGUCGGUUUUGGAAAAUAAACCCCUUUUUGUUACUUUGGUGGUGUCGCUAAAACAGGAUUAUUACCGUAUCUUAUAUUAAAUGCAGAGAGCCAACGCUAAUGUCUUAAAAUCUCUU